CAAAGUGAAUCCAAAUUCCCACAAAAUCUCCACAUAUCCACCUACAAUAACAUACUCUCCUCAUCAUGGGAACUCUGGAGCCCGCCGCCGCCGCCGCAGUGGUGGACGAAGAAGAGGAGUCCCCGAUCGAAGAGGUUCGGCUAACCGUGACAAACAAGGACGACCCGAGCCUACCGGUGUGGACUUUCCGGAUGUGGUUCCUCGGGCUUCUGUCGUGCGUGAUGCUCUCUUUCCUCAACCAGUUCUUCGCGUACCGCACCGAGCCACUCGUGAUCACUCAGAUCACCGUCCAAGUGGCCACCCUCCCCAUCGGCCAUUUCUUGGCGGCCGCGCUGCCCACGGCCGCCUUCCGCAUCCCCGGCUUCGGCCCCCGCCGCUUCUCUCUCAACCCGGGCCCCUUUAACAUGAAGGAGCACGUCCUCAUCUCCAUAUUCGCUAACGCCGGGAGCGCCUUCGGGAAUGGCUCCGCUUAUGCUGUUGGGAUUGUCACCAUUGUUAAGGCCUUUUAUGGCCGAAACAUCUCCUUCUUGGCUGGUUGGCUCCUCAUCAUCACCACUCAGGUGCUGGGAUAUGGGUGGGCCGGGCUUUUGAGGAAGUAUGUGAUCGAGCCGGCACAUAUGUGGUGGCCCGGGACUCUAGUCCAAGUCUCUCUCUUUCGGGCUCUGCAUGAAAAGGACGAGGCACGUAUGUCAAGGGCCAAGUUUUUCCUGAUCGUGAUGAUAUGCAGCUUCUCUUGGUACCUAUUCCCCGGCUACCUCUUCCCAACUCUGACAAGCAUUUCAUGGAUGUGUUGGGCAUUCUCCAAGUCGGUCACAGCGCAGCAGAUCGGGUCAGGCAUGAGAGGGCUUGGCCUCGGAGCCAUAACAUUGGAUUGGACAGCCAUAGCAUCCUUCUUGGGCAGCCCACUUGUGUCUCCAUUCUUUGCCAUAAUGAAUGUCUUUGCUGGUUAUGCACUCAUCAUCUACAUAGUGCUUCCAACAGCCUAUUGGGGAUUCAACUUGUAUGGUGCUAGAAAGUUUCCGAUUUUCUCCUCUCACCUAUUCACAGCUCAAGGUCAGAAAUAUAACAUAUCUGCAAUUGUGAAUGACAAGUUUGAGUUGGAUAUUGAAAAAUACCAACAGCAGGGCAGGAUACAUCUCAGCAUGUUCUUUUCCCUCACCUAUGGCUUUGGUUUUGCAACUAUUGCAUCUACUCUAACUCAUGUGGCUUGCUUCUAUGGAAGGGAAAUAUGUGAAAGAUUCCGAGCUUCAUAUACAGAAAAGGAGGACAUUCAUACAAGACUUAUGCGUAAAUACGCGGACAUACCUUCCUGGUGGUUCUAUAUAUUACUAGCUGUGACAUUUACUGCUUCUCUGAUGCUCUCAGUCUUCUUGAAUGACGAAGUUCAGAUGCCAUGGUGGGCGUUAAUCUUCGCCUGCAUCAUUGCUUUUGUUUUCACGCUUCCAAUCAGUAUCAUCACUGCCACCACAAACCAGACUCCGGGGUUGAAUAUAAUCACAGAGUAUGUUAUGGGUAUAGUCUACCCAGGAAGACCAAUUGCAAAUGUGUGCUUCAAAGUCUAUGGCUAUAUGAGCAUGGCACAGGCUGUCUCUUUCCUAAGUGAUUUCAAGCUAGGCCACUACAUGAAGAUCCCUCCUAGAUCAAUGUUUAUAGUUCAGUCCGUGGGAACGGUUAUAGCUGGAACAAUCAACAUCUCUGUAGCGUGGUGGCUGCUUACGUCUAUCAAAAACAUAUGCCAAGAUGACCUCCUUCCACCAGACAGUCCAUGGACAUGCCCGGGGGACAGAGUCUUCUUCGAUGCCUCGGUCAUCUGGGGUCUAGUGGGGCCCAAAAGGAUCUUUGGAAGUCUUGGAGACUAUAGUUCAAUGAACUGGUUUUUCCUUGGAGGUGCAAUAGGUCCUGUCAUUGUUUGGCUCCUCCACAAGGCCUUUCCAAGGCAAUCUUGGAUACCUCUGAUCAACCUGCCUGUCCUUCUAGGGGCAACGGGUAUGAUGCCACCAGCAACGCCGCUAAACUACAAUGCCUGGAUCAUCUUUGGUACGAUAUUCAACUACUUUGUCUUCCGUUACCGGAAGAGGUGGUGGCAAAGGUAUAACUACAUUGUUUCGGCGGCUCUAGAUGCGGGAGUGGCUUUCAUGGCAGUGGCGCUGUAUUUUACGUUGGGGAUAGAGGAAAGAGGAAUAGAUUGGUGGGGCACGCGAGGCGAACACUGCAGCUUGGCUACUUGCCCUACUGCUAAGGGCAUACAAGUUGCUGGUUGUCCACUCUACUGAAACUGUUGUGUUAAAUGUUUUCCACUAAUAGAUAUGUCAAGGAUGAUUUCUGUAACUAUUUGGAAAUUUCAGGAUGUUGAAUUAUAGGUACAAACAUGCUGGAAAAGAACUUAUGCAUACACAAGAGUCCUUAUUAAACUAA